CCGACUGCAAUCAGCCUGUCGUCAUCGCACGCAUUUUUCAGGCUGCACGCUUUUCUCGUGGGCUUCGUUUCAGUUCAGCGCGGCAUCAAUUUCAUGUGAUUGGAUCACAAAGGCUAACGUUAACAGAGUGCGGAAACGUUCAACAAUGUUCAGACCAUCAGACAAGAAGCUAUUCCUUUGUCCUUUGGCAAUUAUGGUGGUGUUGAUGGUGUACCAAUACAGGUGGCAAAACAGUUCAUGGACAUACUUUGGAGGCGAUCCCAUGCAUCUGCAAUCUCUUCCUGAGUACAGGAACAAGAGGCAGCACGACAAGUGGCUGAUUGCGUCAUCAUUUACUGGCGAUGACGUCAUCAAGAUACCCGGAUGGAGAGUACUGUUACUUGUCAAUACUAGCCUAUCACAAUCUGUGUGCAGACGCCCGUGGUGCAUUACUCUCAGCUCAACUCAUCCCCACUUGCCCGCUGACAUUGUUGUCGAUGAUCUGUUCCACAAGAAACAGGCUUACCUUUAUGCUAUUUCCAACGGCGCCAAACACAUGUGUGUGAUCCGUCAUUUGAAUACCUGUGGAUUAGAAAUGCUGAAGAGAAUGUCUGACAACAUACCGCAAACAGGAUUAGUUCUUAUUCGCAACGAAACGGUAUUCGAUCCCCAUGUAUUAUUUAAGCCACCAAGUAACGAAGCAAUGUCAUCUUUGAAUGAGUUUUACAUUGAUGAAAGUGCAAAUCCAUUGGUCAUGUCGGUGUUUAAUCCUCUACUGCCUGAAAUGAAUAUGGGAGGGCAAUGCAAACGACCAGUAUAUUUUGAAUCAAUAAAACAGCAUGCUCCUAUAUUUCUUCAAGUAAACACAUUUGCUUCACUUAGUUCGGAUGUACUGGCAUUCCAUUAUGAUGCAUUCUGGGCACUCCCUUUAUUGGAUGUCGACAAAGGAGAUUUCAUAAUACAACGUGUCUUAUGGUAUUUAAAUGGAAGAGUAGGAAUCUAUCCGUUUCCUGUACCAUCACAAUCAAGGAUAGCCCACACUACCUCUUCAAACUGUUUGGUUGACUUUCUACAUUCCUGGGACUGUACCGGUAACCUAAAUGUGUUAGAAUGCUUGGCUGAAGUGGUGAAACUUCUGAAAGAUAAUCAACUCCUCAGUUCGUAUGAAGCCUUUUUGGUAAUUGAAUGGCUUGCGCAGUUAAGGUCAAUCCAAUAUAUAAUUCCCAAACGAAUCCCACAACAAAGAUCCCUUGAUUUAAAAAAAACUACUUUGGGAAUUAUCGCUACUCCAAUUAAUUCGACUUCUAUGACAGACACAUAUCACACACGUCUGAAAGCUGUCUGUCCAAAAACUGAUAUAAAAUUCCCAGAUAACACAAAAAAAGACAUAGCGCUUAUAAUAUCCUUUAACCAGCCAUUACUGUAUGCCAAUAUUCCAUUACUAGAAGCCAUGUAUCGCCCUUACUUCAACAAUAUCAUUUUCUGUGGACCCGAAAUAAAAAACUUCACAUCCUAUGUUCAGAAUGCAACCACGGGGUAUUUCAUAUACAUGGAACUCUUCAAAAGAGACUGGCACUACAUGUAUGAAUGUAUCAUUGAAGCAAUGAAGCUUAAUGUCGAUGUGAAAGGAUUCUUACAGAUUGGAGAUGACACUCUGAUUAACCCUUGGAACAUUGACACACUGCCACGUGAUAAGAUCUGGCUGCAUACAGGUGGCAGGCGCGAAAAUGUUUCUCAAAAGGAUAUCAAUCCCAUGUGGAUUUGGUGGAAGGAUGGUAAACCGAGGAUACUAGCUGUCAUUGAUGACAUAAGAAACAUGUCACUGUUGAACUCAACAAGAUCUUUUGCAAAUCGUUUUCUUCACAAUUAUAUGAACAACUCUAACAAUUUUACAACUUUGACCAUUCAAGGCUGUGAUUUUAUGUACGUACCUGCUUCCUUUAAAGAUAAUUUUACACUUGUUGCUAACUUGUUGUUGAAACACGAUGUCAUGGUGGAAAUAGGAUUUGCCAACGUUGCUUAUGGACUUCAAAUGUGGAAAGACAUUCAUUUUGUGAAAGAUGGCAGCCUUUGGCAUAAUAGGGAACAAUAUACAAAAUAUUAUAACACCAGAGAUAUUUUUUUACAUCCUUUCAAACUUAGGUAUGACCUUUCUGAAGAAGUAGGAAGACAGUUCUUCUGUGGCACAUAUCUCAAUGCAUCAGCAAGAGUAGGGUGAAAGGAUAUACUUGCACAUACAAUGUGCGUGUGUGUAUUUCACUAACUGGCUGUUGUACUUCAAGAGCUCGUGUCUCAGUAUUAUUGCCAACUAAAUCGACAUGUACAUGUACCUGUCUUGAGGUCGGAUAACAAAGAAUUAAUGAAUAUACUCGCCCUCUGUUCUCAAUUCAAAUUGUGUUAUGCACCUCAAUUGUUUUUUAAAACUGCAUUCAUAUUGAAUAACUAAAAGUAAACAAUGAAGACCAAAGCAAAAUACUUUCCAGGAACUUGAAGUGAAUGUUAUUUAUAAAUCCGAAGGGUUUAAUUCUGCAAAAUUAUGUUUGACACUAUUGAAUUCAAAUAUUCAAUUAUCCGCCUUCAAAAAUGAUCACAACACCUUCUGUAAGUGUUUUUUUUCUCAUAAAAUAUAUUGUGGCAGUAUGUAGUGCAAGUUCAUUUCUGGUGAUUGGUACAGGUAGUUUAUUGAAGCGUACUUAAAAUGUCAAGUGCCAGCGUUUCCAGAUUUUGUUGACGGUUUGUGACAACAAGACCAUUUGGGUUAUCCGCCCUUGUGUAUUGACACUUGGAUAGACUACACUAUUUGCGAAAUUUCUAAAAGGCUGGCUGUACCUAUAUAAGAGCAAGUCGAUGGCAAUUCGAAGCCCUCUACUAUCUGACAUAACGUAUCUACCUAUUGUACCUGCCCAGUGCGGAAGGGAUACCUAUCGGAAAACAUCGACAUAAUGCCUACUGCCAACACUGUUUCCUGCAUUCAAGACAUUCGAUUGUGACAAAUUUUGGACAUUCCUGAGUGCACAGACAUAAAUAAAUU